AGGAAAACGUCCUUGGCCGAAUCCUGGAAGAUUCUGCAACAACUUGAACACUUUGUAAAAAAGUGACAAAAACGAGAACAGACAGUGACUUACUCAAAGAUUUCCACUUCACAGACAAACAAAGUGAAGGUAUAUAAAGUCUGUGUUUCCAUCUCUGAGACAUCCUGUGACCAGAAACUGCUGCUGGAACAGACUCUUCAACUAACCAUCAAAACAAGAUGGCUGCCGGUCUUGUCUUCACUCUGCUUCUUGGUCUGAGCUUUGGACUCUGGGAUGGAGCUGAUGCCGGAUGUCGACUGAGAGAUGCCACAUCAAGUGUUUGUCCUGAAAGUUGGACUUGGUACGAUGGUCGCUGUUUCAAGUUUUUUGAAACUCGCAAGACCUGGGAUGCUGCAGAGUUCCACUGCCUCUCAUUCAAAGGAAAUUUGGCCUCAAUCCACAGUGGAAAUCAGUACAACUUCAUCAGAAACCUCGUCCACAAUGUAUCUGGAAAAGACUCAGAAAGUUGGAUUGGAGGUCAUGAUACAACACAGGAAAGGUACUUUUUUUGGACUGACGGUUCCAAGUUUGUGUUUAAUUCCUGGGGCGUGCAUGAGCCAAACCAUGCCGUUUCUAACGAAGACUGCAUGGAGAUCAACUUUCUUGAACGAGAUUAUGUGAAUGAUGAACGCUGUAACAAAGAGCUUCCAUACAUCUGUGCCAGUGUGCCAUAACUUUUCUCUUCUUAUGCCUAAUAAUCUGAAAUGCCCACAUGGCUUUCCUACUAGUGAUGUCACUUCCGCCUGGAUGUCAAGCCUCGAUGACAUCACUGCUGGAAGAACCUGAUUUCACUUCAUUUGAUCACUUAAAUAAAUGUUUUCUUUCUCUGAAA